UACGAGGAAUUGAAACCAAUGUGUUGUAACUCCAAAGUUUUGAGUCUUUCCCUAGGCUAAUCAGCAAUACUUGUGUAUUGCAAAGUACUCUCAAAGCAAUGUCUGGGUUCAGAGGAUGGAGGGAAGGCAGCGGGUACAGGACAGCUGCUGGCACUAGUACUCCAUUUUCCUCUCAGGAUUACCCUUUGGAUGGCAACAACAAAACAGAGAAGGGUACUAACACCCAGAAGCUGACAAUGUCCAGAGAGGAACAAAGCAGCCAAGCGCCGGUCUACCAAAAACAGCAAGAGCAGCACAUCAGCCCAUAUGUCUUGGUAACUCCAAAAGAAACCAGAAGAAAAAAGUUGCAGCAAAUUGCUAAGAAAGAGCUAGAUGACCUGGAGCGGUGGAAGGAAGACCACAGGCCAGGGCCGAUUAUGUUGGUUCCGCAGAGACUGGGUGGAAAGGAAUCAGAGGCUCAAGCAAGGCAAAAACAGCAAAUGAUGCUCAUGCAAUCUAAAUACCAGCAAAAGCACAAGAGAGAAGAAUAUAUAAAAGCAAAAAAGGCAGCUGAAGAAGCUGAAAUCCUGAAAAAGAAAACAAUUCAGAGAGAAAAGGCACAGAGACUUGAAGUUAAAAAAAGACAACAAGAAAUGCAAAGAAGAGAGAUGUUCCUUGAAGAUCAAAAUUACAAAACCAAUGAAUUAUUGAACAGAUUGGACGUGGGUUUGCCAAAGAGUGAUUCCUGUCAGAUUGCUAAUCCUGGCCCGGAAUCUACAGCAUGGACACGAAGCCAUGCUUAUAAGCAAGCUCUUCGAGAGGAUGAAAACAGAAGAGUAGAAGAAAUGAAGCAAGAACAACGGAGGAAGGCUGAAUUAAUGGAAUUUAGACAAAAGCAGGAAGAGGAAGCCAGGAUAAGAGCGCAUCAAAAUGAACAGAGGAGGGUAAAUAAUGCUUUCCUGGACCGACUCCAGAAGAAAACACAACCUAGUAGCACCUACCAGCCUGGAUAUACUGGACUACCUCAUUAAUGGCACAAGGAUACUCAAGGGACAUGCUCUAUUUUUGUAAAAUGGAGGAAUUUCCAGCUC